CAUUAGCCACGCCUCUGUAAUGUGACGAGCCAAUGAUAUUACUGCACACACUGUCACGCAGAAGAGCUUGAAGAUACGCUGUCAAAUGACUGGCGUGUUUAUAUUUCAUUUGUUUACACGGUCGCGAAUUAUGUUAUGGACGCUUUUGUAGUUUGAGUGUGUAGCAAAUGUCUGUAUGACCUUUCUAGUCGGAAACCACAACAGUAUUUUUCAUGUUGUCAUCAUAGCGGCCAUCACACGUCAUUGUCUGCGGAAGUAGUUUUGUUCUCCAUUGUCCCAUAAGAUAAUAACGUUUAUUUUGACUUAAAUGGGCCGUGAAUUGAAAGGUAUGACGAACUCUUUUAUCAUGAUUAUACGUUAUAACGUGCCAAGAAUGAAUGCGCCCUAUUUGUAAUAGACUGUCCCAGGGUCAGUGACCGAGCACAUGCCGGUCAGUAUGUUUGGAUUUGGACGCCUCUCCGCAGAGGGGAAAAUCGGAAUCGCGUCGGGAGUUGUGUUUUUCUCAAUGCUCAUGUCCAGAACAUUGAUCUCGGAGCGGGUUGACAUAGGCACGCGCGCUUCGCUGUUUCGUGUUCAGUUUCUCCUCUUCAUCAACUCCUUGCUACUCCUCGGCUCGCUCUACAUCUGGAAACGCGUGGGGAGGCGGCUGUGCGGAACCAGAGGUGCUCCUUCUGUCCCGCAGAGAUGUUGGCGUCUUCUUGUCCUGCUCUUUCUCACUCUCGUGCACGGGAGCUACCUAUGCAUGUUUUUCCUCGUGGAUACAGAGCCACACUGGUUUUCAAUUUUGAGUUUCUCCUGUUUGGGGAUUUAUGUCAUCCUACUGUUCUUCCUGUUUAUUUUUGGCUGCCUAAACCGCCUUCGAGGGCUUCUCUCCCGGAGGCGAGGUGAAGAGGAUGCGGUCGCGAGCGCAUCAGCCAGCCAGACAGUGUUGGCAUUGAUAGUAACAGCAAUUCUGGCUGUGUAUGGUUUGGUAAAUGCAGCCCAACCUCCACGAAUAAUUGAGGUGGAGAUACCAGUAGAGAAGCUGCCCGAGUCUUUGGUCGGGCUCAGGUUGGUGCUUCUGUCCGACAUACAUCUUGGACCUACUGUAGGCCGCUCCAAACUGCAGCGCAUUGUGAAUAUGGUGAAUGAGCUGAACCCAGAUGUAGUGGUGAUUGUCGGUGACCUGACUGACUCUCAGGUAACUCGAUUAAGGAGCGCUGCAGAACCACUGGGACAGAUGAGAGCUCGGCUGGGCUCGUAUUUUGCUACAGGCAAUCAUGACUAUUACACAGCUGAUGUUGAAGGUUGGUUUGAGCUCUUGCGUUCAAUGGGGAUUGAGUCUCUUCACAACAGCAAUGUGAAAGUGUUCCGCCCAGAACGGACUCAAGACUGGAUUUGCCUUGCCGGCAUUGAUGACCUUGAGGCCCGCAUGUUACGAUACCCAGGCCAUGGCAUGGAUGUUGAGAAAGCUCUUAGUGGCUGCAGUGCAGAGAGCCCUAUUAUUCUUCUUGCACAUCAGCCUCAUGCUGCCAAACAGGCCCUCCAGCAACGACCAGACAUCAGCCUGGUACUCUCAGGUCACACACAUGCUGGUCAGCUGUUCCCCCUCACCAUCCUGGCAUUCCUGAUGAAUCCAUUUUUCUGUGGACUCUACCGUGUCUCUGAACACACCAUGGUCUACGUGACCCCUGGAACCGGUUAUUAUGGCAUUCCAAUGAGAAUUGCAAGCCGUUCAGAAAUCACAAACAUUAUACUGAAACGUGCUUGAGAGCACUCACACAGUGCAGGGAUCAAACACAUUCUCAUCGAUACAUAUUUAUUACCCUGCAUGCUGUCACACAAUUAAACAUGCAUUGCAUAGCAAUGUAUGUAAUUCUGAGAUACAUCAGUCACAUAUACAAGUCUGUUCAAGUUUGCGCUGAUUUACUUGAACACAAUCUUCUCUAAUAUUCAAGUGACACACUUAGAAGUUUUAGUUUGUCAUUUUAAUGUGUGUGGUAAUUGUAAUUUGUUUGCCAAAUUCAGGAACUUUAUCAUGAGAAUAUUCACGUUCCAAAGUGCCAGUUUUUUUUUUUUAAUUACUUUGUAUGUAUUUUUACCAUUUCACCCUUUUAAUCACAGAUCAUUUCACACACUACAGCAAAGCAUCGGCCUCAGAAUUUAUCUUUUCUACAUCUUUUAUCCAGUAAAAAAGCCUUCAUAUUACAAAGAUGUUUUUAUAUAUUUGCAAAUGUACUGACUGAAUACAAAACCAUCAACACUUGUGCAAUGAAAAAAAAAAUAAAAGAUAAGAAAAUAUAUUUGCAACUGAAGAUAUUGUAUUUAAUUUAUACUACAUUGUAACACAAGUGUAGACAUUUUAAUAAGCAGUGAAAUACAUUUUACAGAUUUAUUUUUCUCAAAA